CUGCGCUACGGGACGCAGCUGCAAUAUACGGAUCAAGAAUAUUUCCUAAGUCGAAUUAGGCGCGAAUUUCGUCAGGGGGCGUCCCUGACCGAUCCGAAAGAAAUAGACAUUUGUUUCAAGAGAGGACUAGCGUUACUGAAUCGCGCCCGCGUGGUGUAGAUUUGCCGUCAAAAUGGCUUCCCUGUUGCGACGCUAUGUCCUUCGAGACAUGCCCUAUUCCGGUUGGCGUGCCCUCUCGAAAAUGAUCGACGACAGCCGGGUACCGGUGUUGCAGGAGGCUGAUCUGGAGGAAUCAUUCGUCCGGGGAAGCGGCCCGGGAGGACAAUCGGUGGCCAAAACCAACAACAAGGUCGUGCUGACGCACAAACCAACAGGUAUUGUAGUUCAGUGUCACACCUCUCGGUCGUUAUUCGAGAACAGGCGGGAGGCCAGAAAGCUUCUUGUCAGCAAGCUGGACCAGCUGUACAAUGGUGACCAAUCGGUGGACGCCCAACAGCAGCGAAUCGAUGCCAAAAAACAGUCAGAAACGGCUCGGCGGAAACAGAAGUUGCAGGCAAAGAAAAAAGCCUGGAAAGAGCGGGAAUUUGGAGGGAACGAGUCUGACAAUGCUAGCUAA